UCCCUCCCAAAUAUUCAGCUCCAUCAUGGUCGGUUGAGUUUAUAAAAUACAAAGACAGCGUCUUUUUAUCAGUCGCAGUUGGACUCAGCUUAUCCACGGUCUGCCAUCAAUCUAUUACUUAAUUUGUCGAGCACUCAACGGAAUACAAAGUAUAAUAAUUAUAAAUUCUAAUUAUUAAUUUCAUUGUUUCUAUUCACAAUCAGGCAAGAGAUUAAUCUCAAGUGACAGUGAUCUAUAUAUUAUACUAUUUUUAAUGUUUGGAUGAGUAAUACAAGUAAUGAAACAUGAGUCUUGAAAAUGAUGUUCUUUUAAACCAAUUGUCUAUGAAUGGAGCUAUUAUCAAUAUUGGCAGUAUUAAAAAUAAUUUGUUGGUGGAAAAGUCUAUUGGUGAUGGCAAAAACAUUGACUUCAAAGAUUUGAAUUACUCGGUACGCGUAAGUCAAAAAGGGAAAUGCACAAAAGAAAUUUUACGGGACGUAUGUGGUCACUUUCGUGCGUGUUCUCUCAACACAAUAAUAGGACCAUCAGGCGCCGGAAAAACGAGUCUGCUGAGUAGCCUCUGCGGUUUUAAAAGCUCAAAUUUGCGUGGAAGUAUCAGAGUCAAUGGAAUUCAGGUUAAUUCUGAUCAUUUACGCAAACUCACGAGUUAUAUACCACAGGAUUUUGAACUCUUGCCAAUGCUCACUACUAAGGAGACUUUAUACUUCGCAACGAGAUUAAAAGUUCGUAUAAGUGCCGGUAGAUCUUUGGGAGACGUUGUAAACAAAGUCGCUGAAAAUCUGGGACUACAGGAAUGUCUGGGCACAAUGGCUGCAAACCUGAGCGGGGGAGAAAAAAAACGGCUAUCAAUUGGAGUCGAAAUAGUGUCAAACUCCCAGGUUUUGAUUUUGGAUGAGCCGACGAGUGGGCUAGACUCGGCGUCUUCAUACCAAGUAAUGAGUUUAUUGAGGAGAUUGUCUCAAGAAGGUUGCACGAUAAUUUGCUCAAUCCAUCAGCCUAGUAGUCAGAUUGUGACCUUGAUCGACAACAUCUUGGUGCUUGCUGAUGGCCAGGAUCUUUAUUGCGGACCUCGGGUUAAUCUUGUCGAAACUUUUGAGCAAGCGGGCUUUGCUUGUCCAUCUUUUUACAACAUCUGUGAAUUCGUCAUCGAAAUAGCGACAGGACAACAAAAUGGCGAUCGACAGCUCGUCAGAAAAAUUUCCAGUAACUUUCAUUCUGCGUUUUUGAAAAGUGUCAGAGUUGAUUCCAAUGACGAGACAGUUCUUUCGAAUAAUGACUUUGAAGACAAAGAAGAUGAAGAAGAGAGUUGUGAAAAACAGUGCAAGGCAUCUUGGAUUAAUGAACUUGACGUUCUUCUUUGGCGAGCAGCUAUUUGCAUUCGACGAGAUAACGCCAUGACUAAAUUGAGGCUACCCGUUCAUAUUGGUGUUGGGCUACUGCUGGGUCUUGUUUUUCGGGAUUUUGGAAAAGAUGCCAGUAAAACUCCCAGUAAUAUUGCUAGUUAUUUUUUCUUCAUUCUGUUUUUAUUUUUUAGUACUGCUAUGCCUGCAUUACAAAUGUUUCCUAUUGAAUCAGCAGUAUUCAUAAGAGAAUACUUAAACAAUUGGUACGGACUAUGUACUUAUUAUCUCUCUAAAAUAAUUACCGAUCUCCCGCUACAGAUACUUUGCCCGACAUGUUUCUUAAUAACAGCUUAUUGGUUGACUGGCCAGCCCUUAGAAUGGGACAGGUUCAUGAAGGUAUGGAUAAUAUGCUUCCUGAUAUCGAUGUUAGCCCAAUCAUUUGGAGUUCUCGCAGGUGCAAUAUUCGAACCCCAGAUUGGUUGUUUUAUCGUGCCAGCUCUGAACAUUCCCUUGUUAUUAUUCGCGGGUUUUUUCAUCAAAUUCUCCGAGAUGUCUUCAUACUUUUAUCCCGUAUCGGCAAUAAGUUUUUACCGCUACGCUUUCGAGGGAAUAAUGCAAGCUGUUUACGGCAAUGAUCGGCCUGUAUUGAAUUGUGAUGCCGAUUUUUGCAUCCUCCGCAAGCCAAAAUUUAUUUUGUCGUACAUGGACAUGCCUUCGACAACUUUUCCGAUAAUAAUUUGCAUACUAUGCGGCUGGAUUGUUUUUCUUCACGCGUUUAUUUACACGAUUUUAAGAUGGCGGAUCGCUAACGUUCUCAAAUAACAUGAUGGUAAUUGAUAUUAAUUUUAUUAUACAAUUUAAGUUAUUAACAAUUUAUACAUAUUUA